GGAAUACUUGUCUUGAACAGAUAUGUUGUUACCUGUGACGGAAUACUUGUCUUGAACAGAUAUGUUGUUACCUGUGACGGAAUAAUUGUCUUGAACAGAUAUGUUGUUACCUGUGACGGAAUACUUGUCUUGAACAGAUAUGUUGUUACCUGUGACGGAAUACUUGUCUUGAACAGAUAUGUUGUUACCUGUGACGGAAUACUUGUUUUGAACAGAUAUGUUGUUACCUGUGACGGAAUACUUCAAGUACUUCAUCGUUGCCUUGCCUUUAAACGUGGUGGCUAACGUAGUUCUUAGUUUCACUGGGGUCACUGAGGUCGUGGUCAACAAUGAGCGUAAAGAAGAUUCUGGAAGUUCGGAAAUGUCCAGAGAUCUCGGAGUGUUUAAGGGAAUACAUAUCAUUACCGUGUCCAGAGCGACCUACGUCUCUGUUGUACUUCACUCCCCUUGUCCAGCUGACAAGCAAAGAAACUGGAAAGUGAUGUUCAACUCAAUACUGCCCCGUUCACUUUUUAUCGAUGUGUAUCUUUGGGAGACAGUCUUCUAUAAAAGUCAUGAACAAUAUAUCGUUGUUGUCUACAAGAUUCCAAAUCAAUUUUUUAUAAUAUUGGAUGGCGUCAGCAUUCACAGAACACUUGGCCCCGACAAAUACAACGAGACGGUGCUGCAACGUCUAUACUUUUCCUCUGUGCAAAUUGAGAGCAGACCUGGGAGGCAUCAGCUCUAUAGCCUCAACGCCCAUAAAUUUGGGGCUUACUUGUAUGGCUCUGAAACACAGGAACAGACUCAGCUUUUUAUGACUCCAUUAGGCUUCGUCUCACAACCAGCGGUGCGAUGGGGCAAGUUUGAAGGCGGUACCACGGAAGAAGAGAAAUGCGAUGCGGAGUCACGUGGGAAGGACGUGUCUGAGGGAGAUUUCAUUGAUAACGACUGCGAUUUUUCGGUGGACGAAGAGCUGAAGGAUGGGAUAGAUAAUGACCAAGACGGGAAAAUCGAUGAAGAUAUUACUUUGCCAUUUCCCCGUAACGGUGAGUGGUCUGGUUGGGAACAAUGGCAAUGUGAAAGUAUCGACGGGACGCUGAAAAACCGAUCAAGAUCGUGCACCAAUCCGGCACCAACGAAAGGUGGCUAUGAUUGUGAAGGACCCUCAGCUCAAUCGAAAACCGGCAAUUGUCAGCAUGUCAUCCAGGGCAUAGUGGACGGGGAGAUGGUCAAUGUAGCUGUUGAAUGUCUGUGUGAUGAGACAUUAGGAAAUCUUUCCAUGGCGAAACUGAAAAGGGAUUGCAUACCACCGCCUAGUCCUCAAGGUGAACCAUGCAAAGGGAACAAAGAACUUGUGGGGCCUGAGAACACCUGUCCGAAGAGUUGUCUUAAAAAGGAAAUAUGUCGCUUCGAAAGAAACUCCAGCCUAGCUACUCAGGUGACUUCGGAAUACGCUGGAAGAAAUUUAUAUGCAGAUCUGGAAGGAUGCAGAAGUGCAUGUCAAAGUGAAGCGACUUGUCAAGGUUUUACCGUAUCGAUCAAGAAUCCAUCCAGUCCUGAUUGCUGGUUGUUCUAUCAUCUGAUCUUCGGAAAGGAAAACGCGACAUAUGAGUCAUACAUACAGAGAUGUACCAUGGUCUGUGAACCUGGAUACUUCUCUAAGGAAUAUAACACGAGAGACUACUCUACAUGCACAAAAUGUCCAAAAGGAACCUAUAAAAAUUUUACAUCUUCAGGACCUUGCCUUCUCUGCCCCACGAAUUGGACUACGCCUUUAGUCGGAAGCACCAGCAUUAAAGAUUGUGACAUAGUAUUCUGUCCACCCGGAUACUUCUUGAACAUGGACCGCAAAUGUCAGCCGUGUCAACUGGGCACUUAUAAAAAUAUCCAAGGAAAUGAAGCCUGCUUGCCAUGUCCAGCAGAUAAAAUGACGGCCACUGUUAGCACCACUGAUCAAGCCACACUGUACUGGGGAUUGUGUCACAACAUAUGGAGACAAGUUUUGGUGCUCUGGAUGACCAAAGAGUUCUCCAAUGUUGCACAGCACUGUACUGGGGAUUGUGUCACAACAUAUGGAGACAAGUUUUGGUGCUCUGGAUGA